AUGCUGGCGGGAGAAAAGCAAGGUCUAGCUAAACUUCAGAGCUUGGGGUUCCUCGGCACUCCCUGUGAACUCGUGUUGAUAAUGUAUGGUUUUGUGAAGGCCAUGGUACACAUUGGCCAGUUAAAAGGAUGGGAAUUCCACUUCACUGACUGUUUAUUUUUUGGAUCGCUGAUGUCUGCCACAGAUCCAGUGACAGUCCUUGCUAUUUUCCACGAGCUGCAUGUGGAUACAGAUUUGUAUACACUCCUGUUUGGAGAAAGUGUCCUAAAUGAUGCUGUGGCUAUCGUGCUGACAUACUCUAUAUCCAUUUACAGUCCUAAGGAGAACCCUAAUGCGUUUGAUGCUGCUGCUUUCUUCCAGUCAGUGGGAAAUUUCCUGGGGAUCUUUGCUGGAUCAUUUGCCAUGGGAUCCUCUUAUGCUGUUGUCACAGCUUUGUUGACAAAAUUUACAAAGCUGUGUGAGUUCCCUAUGUUGGAGACAGGUCUGUUUUUCCUCCUGUCCUGGAGUGCAUUCUUAUCAGCAGAAGCCGCUGGUCUUACAGGUAUUGUUGCAGUCCUCUUCUGUGGAGUCACACAGGCCCAUUAUACCUACAACAAUCUGUCACCAGAUUCCAAAAUGCGAACUAAGCAGUUGUUCGAGUUCAUGAAUUUUUUGGCUGAAAAUGUCAUCUUCUGUUACAUGGGACUCGCACUAUUCACAUUUCAAAAUCAUAUCUUCAAUCCUCUUUUUAUAUUUGGUGCAUUUGUGGCAGUUUUUGUAGCAAGAGCUUGCAACAUAUAUCCACUUUCUUUCCUGCUAAAUUUGGGUCGAAAACAAAAGAUUCCCAGGAAUUUUCAGCACAUGAUGAUGUUUUCAGGUUUACGUGGUGCGAUAGCAUUUGCAUUGGCUAUUCAAGACACAGAAUCCCAACCCAAACAAAUGAUGUUUACAACAGCACUGCUUAUUGUGUUUUUCACAGUCUGGGUAUUUGGUGGGGGCACAACACCAAUGCUCACGUGGCUUCAGAUCAG